AUGCCAUCACGAGAAGAAUACGAAGCAACAUUGGCGGAAGAGCUCGAAGUGCUCGAAAGCAUCUACAUCGAUGAACUCGAAAGGAUCUCCCCAGAAGAGCUUCACAUUCGCAUUGAGCCAGAAGAACAAGUCUUACCGCUUCUGUUCUCUAUCGGUCUCGAACUAGGUCAAGCGCCGGCCGAAAGCGUAGAAGACGGCUCUCCAUCACCCAUCGUCCUUUCCCUCCGCAUCCACUACACACCUGAAUACCCAGAUGCACCGCCAAACAUGUCCAUUCACGUCUUGCGAGACACAAAAGCCGUACUCGGCCCUGCCGCCUCUGAUGAAGAGGACAACGAGGAAAGAGAAGCUCUAGAUCGUCCAGCAGUAGCAGAACUCCAAUCGGGCUUGGACGAAGUAGCACAAGAAUCCCUUGGUAUGGCUAUGGUUUUCACUCUUGCCUCGCACCUUCGCGAGAGCGUCACAACACUGGUUCAACGCCGAGUAGCAGAGAUCGAGGCGAAAGCAAGCGCAAAGAGGGAAGCAGAGAUUGAAGCCGAGGCGGACAAGUUCCGUGGUACAGCUGUCACACCAGAGCGAUUCGCAGAUUGGAGCCUGAAGUUCUUGGCAGAGAUGGCAGAGAAGGAAAAGAAGGAAGAGGAGGCAAAGAUGAGCAAGAUGUCCGCGAAGGAGAGGGAAGAAUACAAGAAGAGUAAAGUCAAGCCAAGUGGUAAGCAGCUGUUCGAGAAGGGUGGUACGUUUGAGGAGGACGAAGCCGAGGAGGAGGGUGCACAGGAAGUAGACUGGAGCUUGUAUACAAGAGAACAAAGGGAGAAGGAGAAGAGAGAGCGAGAGGAGCAGGAGGAGUUGCAGAGUAGGACUGAUGGACUUGCCUUUGAUGACGACCAUGAUUAG